CAUCCGCGGUUGAACAAAAGAGUUUGGGGGCUUGCAUGUGGUGACAAUCCCUCAUUCAUGACUUGGCCCGCCCUGUCUCUUUGACAACAGAAGUAAACAAAUGGGGUAUCACUGUACCAGUGGAGGCCAUUCAGCUUCCACAUUCAACAGUGCCAACUACAGAACUGAUGAGGGACAUUUCUGACAUUAUCAAAUAAGAGCUGACCUUGAUCUUGUCAUUAUGCCUACAAAAUCUAGGAAGUCAAGAUCCCACAGUUCUAGGCCUGCCAAGAAGACUGGGAGUCAAAAAACACCCAAGAAGAGGUCCACAAGUGCCAAAUCCACCAAGAAGGAAGUGGAUAUCUUCAGCCCUGCGGCCAUGGAGAAUCUGUACUACAUUUCACACAAUGCAGUGGAUUGUCUGGAAUUCAGAGGCUUUGGGCAGCCAAAUUCAAAGAAAAAGAAGAAAAAGAGUAAGCGUGUGAAAAAGAACAAAAAGUAACCACACGUUUUUGCCAAUGAUGACAGUGUGUAUAGUAUUGUAGUUGGUUAUGUUUAAAUAUCACCAUCUAGUGGACAGACUAGUAAUAACAGCCCAAGUAAACAAGGUUAUGACAACAGGUCGUAAUGCAGGAAUACUGAUCACACAACACAAAGUCUUACAGGAUUGUUAAGAUACUUGUGCCAUUAAUGAACUCUUGAUUAUUGAGGCAAAGACUUUGAAAUUGUCAACAACAACUUUAUUUGAAGCUGAAUGAUCAGUUAUAUUUGUACAAAUAUAGCAAGGUUGGCAAAUGUUACUGACAAUUUGAAAGGCAGUUACAGAAAAAAAAAUCUUAUCUGUGUGGAAUCGGAAGUCAUAACAGGAAAAUGCAUGAAAUAUUAUGUAUUUUGGAGAAUGUAAUGUGCACCAUAUGUGGAG